UUUAAUUAAUUCUUUCUUUUCUGCUGGUGACUCUUGCUAAGUUCAUUAAUUGACAUUGCCCUUAACUUCUAUCAAUCCAAUUACUUAACCUUCUCUCUCUCAGGUAGUCGCCGGUUGCGGCUUUCGAGUAUUAAUUUGAUUUAUUACUAAUUAAAUUAUAGCACACUGUUAUUUAUUUUCUAGUGUCUGAUCUAGCAGUGCUAUAAUAUAGGUUAGUCGUCGUUGUUGUGUUACCAUACCAGUAAUCACGAAUUUGUUAAGAUUGUUUGCGACAAUGGUGCAGAAGGGACCCCGUCCUUUAGUAUUAUGUGGACCUUCAGGAUCUGGAAAAAGUACGUUACUCAAGCGCCUCCUUAAAGAAUUUCCAGAUAAGUUUGGAUUUAGUGUAUCACAUACGACCAGAGGACCUCGAUCUGGCGAGAAAAACGGUGUCCAUUACCAUUUCACAACUAAACCUGAAAUGACAGCUGCCAUAGAGAGAGGAGAAUUCAUAGAAAACGCUACAUUCAGUGGAAAUAUGUAUGGCACCAGUAAACAAGCUGUUGCUGAUGUUCGUCGAACUGGAAAGAUUUGUGUCUUGGAUAUUGAAAUUGAAGGUGUUAAGCAAGUCAAGACUACAGAUUUGAAUCCCCUACUGGUCUUUGUGAUGCCACCUUCAAUUCAAGAAUUAGAAAGGCGCUUACGAGCGCGCAACACUGAACAUGAAGAUGCUUUGAAAAAGAGAUUGGAGACAGCCAUAAGAGAAAUUGAAUUUGGUCAACAACCUGGCAAUUUCCAUAUCGUCAUACUUAAUGACAACCUGGAUAAAGCAUAUGCAGAACUACGCGAAUUUAUUACUCAGAAUGUAGAAGAUAAUGAUCAAGACUCUGUGGCUGAUGAGAACGAAUCAAACGGAAAGUGAAAAACUUGCAUGGAGUGAAGCAUGACCUUGCCACCUAAAGAUUUUUCAGAACAACAAUAACAUCUGUUGUUUUCAAUGUUACACUGUAAUGAAUGUUUGGUGUUAGUAAAACUAGUUUAGAUGUUGCCCCAAAGUAAUAUAAGUAAAUAAAUAAAUAUUUUAAAUACAUAAUAAAGCAAACUACCUCCAAAUGAUAUAUGUAGUAGUCAGUAUUUUAACCAGAAAUGGUAGAAAAUUAUUAAAGUAAUAGUUUUUGUUGAAAGCUUUGAGGCUUAUGAUUUGUAUAUUUUGGUACUUAUGUGUUUUUGAUCUAAUGUAAUUAAGAGAUAAAUACUUAAAUCAGUAUGUGUUACAACAUUUAAAGUUUGUAGUAAGCUACCAUAAAUGUUGAGUGUAGAUCUGUUUGACCAUACAUGUGCAAUUUGUAAAUAACUUUAAUUUUAUAUAUUAAUUAUGUUACAUAUUCAUUUAAAAUUAUCUACAUUUGAAAUUUUUGUUUUGAAGAAAAUUUCCAGUAAACUAAAAUGAAUAAAUUUAUUAAAAUAUUUAUUAGAAAAUAUUACAUGUAGUAGAAGUUAGUAUUAUAUAGAAUAUAUUUAUUACAAUCUCUUUAAAUGUCAGUAUGGGUUAAGGUAAAGUAAACAAUUAUAAUAUCACUACAGAUCUCAGAUAAAAAAAAUUAAAAACUAUAUCAUUAGUUCUUGGGUAGGUGUUAUUGUCAGUAGUAUUCAUUAUUUAAAAUCGUUGUAGCCAUUAUCCCUGUAUUUAAAGAAAUAAUAUAAGACACCCAUAAAAGUGAUAUUAACUCGAUUUCUUGUAAUGUGAUCUCAUUAUGUCUUUAACCAACUUUAAAAAAGAAUCCUUAUUCAAUUGUUUUUAUGUAUUACGAUGUGCAAUAUUUUCAUCAAUAAAUUUGUAUACUAAUUCCGAUUCUUGCUUCUUAAGAGUAUUUUUUAAAGAUUAUAUUGAGUAAUAUCAUGAUGUAACAAUUUUAAAAUCUUUGAUGAAUUGGUGUUCGCUUGUAAUGCUUUAAAUGUGAUAGAAUAUGCAAUUUUAAAUCAGAGUUGACAGGAUACUAUACCGUUAUUAUUGUUUUUCAAAAGCAUUCCUUUAUUUAGUUAUUACAUAUAUUAUUGGACAUGAUGUUCAAUAGGCAUAUAAUUUAGUGCCAAAUUAAUUAAUAAUUGUAACGCAUAAUAUAACAAUCUUUCAUAGUAGGUCCACUGUUUAAUAAUAUGCAUAGACGAAUAUUGAAAUCGCGUUAUUUGGUCUUGUCUACUUAAUAGUUAAAUUUAUGCGCUGGGUUUAUCUUAAUAGCGCGAAUUUUAAGGCAGUCGACUAAAAAUUAUAUUAUGGCAUUUAUCAAGUUAGUUCUUUAAAACUUAGGUUUGUCUGUUUCCUAUUAAAAUUAUAAACUUGUAUGAGACAUGCGAUGUAGUCAUUUAUAAAAAAAUGCAGCGUUUAAGACACAAAAUAAAAACCAGUAAUAAUUGUGAACUUUAUGAAUUUUAUAUUUAUUGGUUAUAUGUAAUAAUGUUACUAAUUUACAGACAGGAACAAGUAGUGCAUUCUUUAUUUGCCAUGCGGUCACAGUCCAAUUUCUGAUGUUAUUCAUGUUUAUACAUACGGUUCAUAGUACCUCCGCUAGUUUACAAUUAUAUAUAUUUCUUACGAUAGAGUUAGAGCUAUUACAAUUCUGUAACAAAGAAACAUUCAAAUGUUGGCAGAAAAUUUUGUACGGACAUUAUUUUUUUAAUUGUACUCACUAAAUGUAAGUUUAUUUUAUUACGUUUAAUCAUAUUAAUUUAAAAAUGUGGCUGUCUCGACGAGGAUCAAAUAUAUCAAAUCUAGGUACCUAUAUGUUAGUCUGUUAUGGUUCAUAAUAUUUAAAACGAUGGUGUAGAUCCAGGUUGGCUUGGUAUGCGGCAAGACAAUAGGUCGCUGGAAGAUUAUUGAGAUUUGUGAUUUGUUUCGCACGUCAUAAAGUGUAGCUUUCCGGAUAAGGUGAUUAAUUAAAACUUGAGUUUAGAAUUUUUUUGCUUGUUCAGGUUUGAUCUUAGAUUGUUGCUCUAUGGUUAGUUGACACCAGUCAGCUCAACAACCAUUUCCAAAUGGCUUAUAGUUUUGCUGCAUUAUAACCCGCUAUGAUCAAUCCAAGCACCCCUAAUUUUUUUGGUAAAUUGUCUCUCUAUAGUUAAUAUUUGAUUAUAAAAUCUAAUUAUGGCACUGUCAUGCUUAUUCAGUAUCCAUAUUAUAAAAUUGAAAUUGUACAUUAAUCAAUUGGCCUGUGUUAUAUUGUUCCCUCUUUAUGUAGUCAAUUCAAAUAGCAUAAAAAACAAGUACAAAUAAGUAAACUAUCUGAUGGGUCAUAUAUAUAUCUCAGUCUAUUGAUACAAUUGUUUGUGUUGUGUAUCCAUAAGCUUAUUCAAAUAAUGGGACAAAGAAAUUGAAUCCUGGAAAACACUAUGAACAUUAUACAUCUGAUUUCAUACUUUUACUACUAAAGCCAUUAUAAAGGAUUUGCAAACGUACUGCCACAAUCACAACAGUAAAAUAAUCUUUUGUAUUUUAUAACAGAUAUUUGGUUGACUGUUAAUUUUGCUUAGAUUAAUUAUAAAAUUGAGGCCUACAAAAUAUAAAUAAAUUUAUGAUAUACAUUUCUUUUUAUAGAAUUUCGAGGGCUGUAAGAAGAAAAAAAUAAGUCGUCAAACUGCUUAAACUUUAAACUUCAUAAAUUAACUGACCAUUUCAGUGUUGUAUAAUCAUUCCAGUGAAGAGUAAUUUUGAUGCAAUUUUUUUAACUACGCUAAGAUUUAUUUUUUCUUUAACAAAUUGUAAUUUGUCACCAGCAUAAAUAAACGUUCUGUAUUUCAGUCAAGUAGUAGUAUUUCCUGUAUGAAAUAUAAAUGUUGAAAUAAAUA